AUGCGUAAAGAAAGUUGUGAUGACACUAUUAGAAAAGGAGAAGAGUGGAAAGCCUUUCAAAAAAAGAGCGGGGUGAUUAGGGAUGAGUCAGAUAAUAGAUACAAACUUAAUGCUAUUAUAGAAUUUUACUGCUCUAACUGUCAAAUAACAGAAGGAGAAAAAGGCGGGGGUGGGGGCGAUGAUGUGAUGCCACCACAAAUACAGACUAAAAAGGCAAGCCUAAUUGAAAAUAAUCCAGAAGAGAAGGAGGAAGGGGAAAAAGACGAAUUUGAGGAAAGCAGCGAACAAGGUGGUAUUGAAGAAAUCAAACAACUCGGAGAAGGAACAAUAGAAAUAAUAACUAAAUUAUUAGAGCAAAAAAAAGAAGAAAAAAGAAAAUUACUAAAAGAAGAUAAAAGCCAAGAAAAUGAUCAAAAAAUUAAAAGACUAGAAGAGGAAAUUAAAAAAUUAGAGAAAGAGUUAGACGAAGUUAGAAAAAAUUCUAAAUUAUCGUUAGGAACGCUCACAAGAAAUUUCUCCCGCAAAAGUGGUAAUAUACUGCCAUCAAAUCAACCAUCAGAACCACGACUAGCAAUUAUUUCCGCAACAUAA